UAAUAAACGUGCUGAUUCAUUUGUUGGGAGCUGUGAAAUAGAAUUUUCGAGAACGGGAGUUAUAUACGAUAAUUUGCUGCCAAAAGAUUCCCAGGAGUGAAGAUGUUAACCCCAAGUGCAUAAUGAGAUGAUGGAAGUGUCAUUUGUUCAAAUCUGGAUAGCAUUUACAAUGAAUUUGUAACACGGUUCCUCACCACAAUGGCAGGAUAUGCUUGUGACUAUUUUUAGCACUGGUUGAAAGAAGCAACAGAUAAAGACAAAAACAAAGACAAAUCUCAAACAAUUUCAAGGAACAUUUGACAUCAUUUCCAUAUACUUUUGGAUACAGUCAAACAGCAGUGACAGGACACAGCCAUUAUGAUCAAGCAGUACUUCACGGAUGGACUGAUUCAAAUAGCGAUAAUACUCAGCCUUUUGAGAACAGAUCUCAAUAACUGGCAUCUCCAUAACAACUACAUAAACUACCCAGAAGUGCAAGACAUUAUUCUUGGACAAUCAUUUGCCUACACAACAACAAACUUUCAUAACCAGUACAACAAUCAGAACAGUCCAGGUGGAAGUGUACACCCGAAAAAUGUAGACAAUGACUUUUUCUCUUCAAUUUUUAGAGAUUUAAGAAGUUUAUCACGAUUUCGACGAUUUGAUGGAAUUGCUACUGAAGUUAAUGCAUUUCUAGUUAGUGAAACCACAUUUGGACUUCCUGCCACCGCAGCCAGUGGUCCUCAGACACAUUCCAGUGAAGAUUCCAAUAACAAUAACCAUGCUCAUCCUGCCAUACCAAACGCAGAGACAUCUGCAUCAUUGGUCCAAGAAAACGUUGACAAUCAAGCCUCUACAUCAGAAGGUGUAUGUUCUGUGAAUGAUGAUGAUAGUGCAGGUGCAGUUGGGGUUCCACCACCAUCUGAACCAGGAAGUGAACCUACAGAUGAGGACUUGGAUCUAAUAGAGGUAUUAUGGCGACAAGACAUAGAUCUGGGCGUUGGCAAGGAGGUUUUUGACAUCAAUCUCCGACGAGAACUUGAGCGGGAUAGAGAGCUAGAAUUGCAGAAAAAGAGAGAAAAGCAAAAGGAGCUUGAGCUAAUCAGACUAAAGGCAGAGGAAGAGAAGCGACAACAGCAGCAACAAUGGCUCAACCAGAAUUACAUGCAGGAUGGAGAAACUGGCGAAUGGGUUCCCCUGAAUGGCUCGGUGUCUCUUCAGUCCUCACCUCCACAGAUGCCUCCGGAUGUCCUCACCAACUCCGAGCUGCUAAGCAGUGCCUUAUCCUUGGAAGAGGCACUGGACAUCUUGCAUGCCGAGACUGGUACAUUUGUUGACCCAAGCUACACUGUACCUGACAACAAUACACAGCUGCCCAUGCCACCCCAGUCCCACAUCAGCCCCACUGUACCAGCUGUGGAGAACUUCCUGCUGCAAACAGACAACUAUACCAACCAAACUGUGCAGCAGCCUCCACAACACCUCUCACCAAAUCUUAAUCGACAGGAGAGUAUGGACCAGCACUGGGAUGACAUUGUCAGCCUGCUGGAUCUGGCUGGAGUGAACAGUUCCCAGCUGAAUAUGACCAGCGUGAACCCCACACAGCUGAAUAUGAGCCAUUUGAAUACUGCCAGUACAGGGCCACAGAUGAAUGUCACAAACAUCAACACUCCAUCAAUUAAUAUCACUACACUGAACAGCAUGGCGAUGAACAUGAGCAACGAGGUGAACACAACAAAUGAUAUGCCUUCUCCGUCGGUACAGAGCCCCUGCAUCAACAACAAUGUGCUGCUGCAGAACGCCACUAUGCCAGCUCCAGUAGCCAAUGUCACAAUGCCUGUUCCAGUUACCAACACAACACAAGGCAUGUCGCCCAUCAACAACACAGGAUUCCUUCCCCCGAGCCAGGAGUUCAACUCCUCUGUGCCCAAUACAGACACCAUUGGGGGCCUGGACUGGGAAGCCAGUGAAAUGCUCUUUUCUAACGUCACUGGAACAGUCAACCAGACUGAGGGUCUUGAAGACAUUGAUGGCAUCCUGCCUGACUUUCUACCAGAAGAUGAGCUUGAUCUGGCCAUCAAUGAAGGACUACAGACCAUGCAGAUGUUGGAUGAAGCUAGUAGUGAUUCUGCUGUGUCUAUGGGCAGUGCUUCUCCAAUGCAGGAAUUGAGUGAGUCUAACGCCAUGUCUCCAUUUGAUGGUCUUGAGGGUGCAACUGGCGGCAGCGACUACGGCAGCCCCACCUACUCCAAGACUUCCAAGUAUGACCCUGAGGAAUACCACUACAGCUACUCCUGCAGCUUCAGUCACAGCGACUCCUCGCAGACAAACUAUUCCACAUCCUCCAACGACACUGACGUCAACAAGCCUCUUGGUGGCAACAACCACAUCAAUCACAAUCAUACAUAUCCUCUCAAGCCCGGUGCAUCUCCCAAGGAAAUAAAAACAGGCACAAAGACAGACAAGCCAAAGACAAAGGGUCCUCAUGCUCGCGAUCAAAAGCGUGCCUUUGAGCUGAAUGUCCCCUUCACGGUUGAGCAAAUCAUUGAGUCUCCAGUGGAGGAAUUCAACGAGAUGAUCACAAAAUACAAACUCACUGAGCCACAAAUACAACUCAUCCGAGAUAUCAGGAGAAGAGGAAAAAAUAAAGUUGCAGCUCAGAAUUGCCGGAAAAGAAAAUUAGAUGUUGUGGUAACCCUGGAGGAUGAGAUGGACAACCUGAAGGAGAUGAAGGAGAAGCUGGUGAGGGAACGGCAACAGAUCGACAAGCAGACCCGCGAGAUGAAGGAGAAGUUCAGCCACAUGUACCAAGAGAUCUUUCAUUCACUGCGGGAUGAGCAUGGCCGCCCAUAUGAUCCAAACGAGUACUCUCUCCAGCAGUCCAGUGAUGGCAAUGUCUUUCUUGUCCCCAGGAACUACAGCACUGAAGACCAACUUGCCAAUGGAAACAAGAAAAGGAAAAAUAUCAAGAAGGAUGAUUGAAGAAACCGGAUUAUAUCAACAUCUAUAAUAUUACGUGGACAGUGCUAGUAUGAAAUGUAACCCCUUGAGGUCUACUGUUGAGUUGAAUUUUGGAUUCCCAUUUGUUUUUCGGGUUUUUAAAAUUCAGGGAUUGACUUGAAAGAACAUGGAAAUACUGAACUUUAGGACUGGGUCUUUACUAAGCCAGUGUUUACUUGUUACGAAUUCCCUGUUAUGAAAAAAGCCAGUCAUGGUAGGUGUGUUAAUGGAUCUUUUAAUGGUAACUGUGGUUGUGAUAGCUGUAUUUAAGGUUCCUUCCUGUUGCUGUUUAAUUUUCGAUGGUAUUUUGAUCGAGACCCAAGGGGUUUACUGAUGUAAGUGUUAAUACCACGACUCACAGUGACCAUCUGGUAUGAGAUUCCUUGUACAUCUGACAACUCUUGGAAGGAAAUUGUGUAGACGCACACAAAAACAAUCAUGCAAAAUGUUAAACCUAAACAGAACUUUCAUGUUAUUUCUUUUGAAAUAGGCAUGAUUUCGAAAUCCCUUCCUGAUAAUACUAACAGAUGAACCUAACAGAGUGAAAUUUGUUGGUACUCAGCUCAUAUAUUUUUGGAACAGUUCUAAGCUGAGAGUAGCGUUGACUUUGUGUAUUGACUUGCAUAUAUUGUAUGGGCUUGGAGUUCUGGUGAAGGGUAAUUCACAUCAACCACACUCUAUCAUAGCAUCAUAGCAUGACCACCAUAGGUUACCAUUUGUAGCAGCUUACAUAGGAGCACAUGUGACAAAUGCUUGCCUUGGAAUUAUCCCAAACCAUUUGCAUUAUAAUUCAUUACAUGUGGUCUGUACUCACCCAAGUAUCUUCUAUCUGGCUUUACUGUUAGUGACAACAGAAACACAAGAUCGUGGUCCAGUCAGGAGCUGUCCCAGGGUGGGCUGUCCUGUUCCUUAUCUCGCAAACUGCUUCCAAGAUUUGAGCUAGACGAGCACUUGAAAGAGGUAGCAGUAGGGUAGUAAAGUCUAGGCAUCGUUAUUAAGUUACCAGUGUGAUAUUAAGCAGUUGUCUCUUUGUUGUGUAACCAAAUUUUAGAUGGACCACACCCAAAACUUGAAUUAUCUGGUUCCUAAUCGCUGGAACAGUUGGUAUAUCUGUGACUAUCUGUUUCCUCCUUGAAAAGUGCUGCUCUGCUUGUAGGUGACAUUUCUAGAGGUUGACCUUUCGUAGAGAUUUCGCAUGGCUUCAGGUGGUCUAGAUUUGCUUCCUGGUGGGAGAGUUUGCCUGGUUCCAGUUUCAUUCUUCACAGCACAACAAUGUAAGAGACCAAUGAUGGAGAUGCUAGAAUAUAACAGGACUAUUUUCAUCAUUCGUUGAUGCAUGUGUGUGUAGGACAGUAGACUCAUUUGGCAAAUCCGAGUACACAUUGUAAAGUACCCUGAUAAAUGUGAUGUUCAGUUCUGCUUCCAAAACUGUUAAAAUCAAAACCCACCUGUUUUGUAGUAUACCAUUUAAUCUGAGACAGUAUAUAUACAUGUGUGUGAUAUUGUCUUUAUUAAGCCUCAUACAUUGUUUGUUACAAUCAUUAGUAAACAAUAAUCUUAAGGAAAUGCAUUUGUUAUGCACACUUGAUAAGUUGCAACAUGUUACUAAUAUUUUGGAUCAAUUAUUGAACUCCAUUAUCUGAUUAUUUUUUGUAAUAUAUUCAACAUAUUUGUUAUCCUGAGUGAAAGAAGCGUUCAUGCUGUUGUUGAUUGUACAUAUUCACAUGUCAUCUGUAUAUAACUUGAUUAACAUGUUAUCGUUGUGAGAGGAGUUACGCCGGUUCACAUUGUCCUCAUUGACCUUGUUGCUUCUGGAACAUAUUGAAGGUUCAUUGAUUUGCUUGAGGCCUUGAGGUGAAGGAAAACAUAAUUUAUAUUUUUGGAAAAGUCACUAAAAUAUGUCUUCAGUUCAACAUUCGAAAAUGGUGUGAUUUUGAUCUCCAUCUUUCCCAGUCCUUAUAGUGCUUGUGUAUCGUAUUGUGCUAUUUCAUCUUGAAUGUCAAACAGCGGUUUUACUGAUGUUUAUCUUGUGUUCAACAUUAUUUGUUAUAUUGUGCGUGGAAAUGCCUUUGCCGGAAUGAAGAGACACAAUCAGUUUUGUUUCUUAAAAAAUGUUCAACAUGUUAAACACAAGAUUUACGACAUAGUUGGUCGUUAGCAUAAAUCAAGAUAUGAUAACUUUUCUUGUAAUUAUCAUUACUUAUAUGUUAUGGUAUUUUGAGGCAAUGUUUUGGAAGAAAGGCUGGUGUUUUGUUACUAUGGUUACCAUGCUGAGUUGGUUCUCAACCUGUUGAUUGAGAGAAUGUCAGACUGAGCUUGAAUGUAGUAUUUUACCUUCUUCAAAAGAAAUAAAGGUGAAGAUUUUUUUAUAUA